UGUUCUUUGGUGCAAUGGAAAUGUAGGAAGGAGGAGCUAAGGCAAAAACACUUUCACUUUCUCUUGCCAGGAUAUCGUAAAAUACAGCUUGUCCACAUACAGCUCUAUGUCAUUGAAAUACGCUAUGUUGCUGUCAUAGACAGGUGAAUUAGAGUCUGAGUUUAUGCUAAAACACCUUGGAUCUUGUACUGCUGAAGAAAAAGUGCUGGGCGAUGGCAGAAGCUCUCUCACUGCUGGAAGAGGAGCUCACCUGUCCUCUUUGUUUUGAUGUCUUCAAGGAUCCUCUUGUCCUGAGGUGCAGUCACAGCUUUUGUAGAGGCUGUCUGGAACAGAUAGACACCACCUCAUCUCUUAGAGAGUGCCCUGUGUGCAGGGAACCAUCCUCAAUGAAUCACACAGUACGAAAUUUGGUUCUCAGGAAUACGUGCACAACUUUCUCACAGCAAAAGGAUAAAGGGGAGCCUAGUUUGCCAAAGACUAAACAAGGUGAGAAGCAUCUUUCUCCCAGUCAUAACUUGCCUGGUUGUUCAGGGUGUCACACUUCUGGCAAACCCAGAAGUGAUCACUAUACAACAGAGGAGGCUGCAGUGAUUUGUAAGAAGGGUAUGAAGGAUUCACUGGUGGCUCAGAGAGAGAGAUUGUCGGCUCUUUCCAAACUCAAACACCACUGUGAGACGAUGGCUCAGCAUGUUCACACACAAGUUCAACGGACAGAGAGGCACAUGAAAGGAGAGUUUGAGGCUCUCCGGCGUUUCCUGCUGGAGGAGGAAGUCAGGAGGAUCAGCCUCCUCAGAGAGGAGGAAGCGGAGAAGAGUAGAGUACUCCGAGAGCGACUCCUCAGCGUGACGGCAGAGAUCAGUUCCCUCUCGGGGACCAUUAAGAGUCUGGAGGAGGACUUGGCAGGGAUGGAGAACACGCCAUUUCUUCAGAAAUACGGGGAAACUGCCAGGAGAAUGCAGCGUGCAGUGGAGCCAGUAACAGAGCUGGAAACCAUGGCAGGAAUGCUCAUAGACGUGGCCAGUCAUAUCAGUUCCCUAAAAUUUAGAGUUUGGAGAGACAUGCGGGGGCUUGUUCAGAAGUUCCCAGUAACUCUCAAUCCUAACACUGCUAAUGCCCACCUCACGAUCUCAGAGGAUCUGAGCAGUCUUAGGUAUAAGAAAGCAGGCCAUGUCCCCGCUAACCCAGAGAGGUUUAGCAGGUGUGUAUGUGUCACAGCGGCCGAAGGCUUUGAUUCUGGCCAUCACAGCUGGGAGGUUGAUGUCGGAGACAACACAUACUGGAUUCUGGGAGUGGCCUCCAAAUCUGUUAAAGUCAAAGAGAAGUUCUCAACGUAUCCGGAGAAUGGUUUUUGGACUAUUCGUUUGUGUGGCGACCAGUAUAGAGCCCCAAAGGUCACACUUCAAGUGGAGAAGAGACCCAGGCUGGUCAAAGUUCAGCUGGACUGGGACCAGGGAAAAUUGUCCUUUUUCAGUGCAGAGGAUAAUGUGCCCAUCUAUACAUUUACACAUGUAUUUACUGAAAAGGUGUACCCUUUCUUUAGCACAGGGUGUAAAUCUCAUCCCCUUUGCAUUCAGCCUUUAGUUGUAUCACCCCCAUCCUGAUUUCUCAACAUUAUCUUUUCAGUCAAGUCAAUCUGUCAUCUGGAAGCCAGCCCGAAUUUACGCUACCCACACAAUUUGGAGUCACUCCAUUGAGAAGUCUGGUCACAUCACAUGAGCGCGCUUCAGUUGAUUUUUGUUUCCAAAAAAAGUGAGAUGUUUAGAUUCUGUUAUUGCAUGUGUUAUACAAGAUAUUGACAGCGCAAUAAAACAGAAAACAGGGAUUAAGGAAUUUGACAUUGUAGCGGUGUGGCUGCCCUUUACGGCUGCAGUUCAUUCGAGCUAAACAAACAGAACGGACAACACAAUUUAAAAAAACACUUUAUUUGCACACACAAACACAAACAGCAUCCAUGGUUAUAACGGCAACUGCAAAACACAAAUGCACACGUAACAAUAUUAGUUAAGAGACUUACUUUCAGGGUGGAAAUGUACCAAACAUUUUU